AUGAUAGGUCGUCAAAACAACGAUGACGAAAACGACGAUGCGCCGCCGUUCAAUUUUCAGACUGGAUUAACCAAUGAAUCUCGCUUAAGUACAUUAUCAUUGGAAGAUGCUGAAAAAUUAGUACUCAAAUUUUUAGAAAAGUAUAUUCCUAAAGGUGUAUGUCCAUUGGCAGGAAAUUCAGUUUAUAUGGAUCGUUUGUUCUUGUAUAAAUAUAUGCCAUUAAUUAAUAAUUACCUACACUACAGAAUUAUCGAUGUUAGUACAAUCAAGGAACUUACCAGAAGAUGGAAUCGAAGUGUAUAUAGAUCUACACCACGAAAGGCAUUAAAACACAGAGCUUUAGAUGAUAUAAAAGAAAGCAUUGCUGAGUUAGCAUAUUAUCAAACACAUAUAUUUAAUUUAUAAUUAUUUUGUACUUAAAUAAAAUUGCAUUUACUGAUGUAUCUAAGAAGAAAAUAGCUUUAAGAUAUUAUGUA